UUAAUUUAUCUUGUUUUAAGAGUUAAUUUCUUAUUUUAAGUGUUCAAUAUGCUUAUUUCUAGAUUUACUAAUCUUAAUUUAAGAAAUCUUGUCAUGGUAAAUUAUCUGUCCAUGCAGCAAGAUCAUUUCCCUCAGAUUUACUGUUUUAUCUGUUUUUUAAACACCUUUUCUGCAGUGUAGAGGAGACUUUAUAACAUUUUCUCCACUGGAAGGCCAUCUUGAAGGACAUUUUGUUAUGUUUUCUCCAUUUGUGGGCACUUGUUUACACACUUUUUUGCAGUGCUCACUGUCCCCCUUUCUCUUUCUGACCCCUUCCCUUCUCUCUCUCUCAGUAUAUACCAGCCAGUGUAAACAGCCUGUGAUAGAUCGAGGCUCCGCCCUGCCCCGUCCGUUACUGUGUUGAUCCCUUCAGCAGGCCACAGCGUCCGUCAUGAGUUACUACAUGGAUCCAGUUUCUUCCUACCCGGCCCUUCACCCCUGUGACCGUCUGGGCGCGAUGAGGCACAGUGGAGGCGUGGCAGUGGGCCCUCAGACCGGGCUCCCAGGGGUGGUCCACCCCCAGCAGCAGUACUACCCAUCACAGCCCCUCUACAUCCAGGACAUCCCGCUGCAGGAGGUGCCCAACGGACACGACAUGUGCCCCACAGAUCCAGAGUGUGGAGACGUCCCCCUGCUAACUCCAGGCAGUAAAGAGAUGAUGUCCCAGGCCCUGAAGGCAACAUUCAGCGGCUUCACAAAGGAGCAGCAGCGGCUGGCCAUCCCCAAAGAUCCGCGGCAGUGGACAGAGAACCACGUGGCCGAGUGGCUGACGUGGACGGUGAACGAGUUCAGUCUGAAGAAUGUCGACUUUGACAAGUUCUGCAUAAACGGAGCCACGCUGUGUGCCAUGGGCAAGGAGCGCUUCCUGGACCUGGCCCCGGACUUUGUGGGCGACAUUCUCUGGGAACAUUUAGAAAUGCUUCAGAAAGAGGAUGCAAAGCAUUACCCCAUCAAUGGACUGACCUCCAACUUCCAGGAAUCCCGCUAUACCUCAGACUACUUUGUCAGCUACGGUGUUGAGCAUGCUCAAUGUGUCCCUCCUUCUGAAUACUCAGAGCCCGGCUUCAUCACGGAGUCCUACCAGACCCUCCAUCCCAUCAGCUCGGAGGAACUGCUGACGCUCAAGUACGAGAGUGAAUACCCUGCUGUCAUCCUGCGGGACACGCCCCUCAACCCGCUGCAGGGCGACUACUUCACCGUCAAGCAGGAGGUCGUCUCCCCCGACAACAUGUGUGUGGGACGCCUCAGCAGAGGGAAGCUCGGAGGCCAGGACUCCUUCGAGAGCAUCGAGAGCUUUGACAGCUGCGAGCGUCUGACCCAGUCGUGGAGCAGCCAGUCGUCGUUCAGCAGCCUGCAGCGAGUUCCUUCCUACGACAGCUUCGACUCCGAGGACUACCCCACUGCGCUGCACAGCCACAAGCCCAAAGGAACGUUCAAAGACUAUGUGAGGGAGCGCUCAGACCUCAGCAAGGACAAACCCGUCAUCCCUGCAGCAGCUCUGGCAGGAUACACAGGCAGCGGGCCCAUCCAGCUGUGGCAGUUCCUCCUGGAGCUGCUGACCGACAAGUCGUGCCAGUCCUUCAUCAGCUGGACAGGAGACGGCUGGGAGUUCAAGCUGUCCGACCCCGACGAGGUUGCUCGGCGGUGGGGCAAGAGGAAAAACAAGCCCAAGAUGAACUACGAGAAGCUGAGCCGCGGCCUCCGCUACUACUACGACAAGAACAUCAUCCACAAGACGUCGGGGAAACGUUACGUCUACCGCUUUGUCUGUGACUUAAAAAGCCUGCUGGGCUACACUCCCGAGGAGCUGCACGCCAUGUUGGACGUAAAGCCCGAUACAGACGAGUGAACGGCAAGAAGAAAAAACACAAAGUGAAGACAAAAAGUUGAGGAGACGCGUUGGACUGUGGCUCAUAAAGUGGUCUUAUAACUGUUUUGAUAGAGUCGCUAAACCGUUUUUUUGGGGGACCAAACUGUUUUUAAUGACUAACUGGUGGUCUUUUAGUCGAGCUCCUAGUCUCUCAGAACCAUGUUUUAAAAAGAAGGCACAAGCCAAAAGCCUGUAUUCAUACCCUGUUGCAUUGGAGAAAGUGUGCGCGCGCAUGUGUUUGUGUGAGCGUGUGUGCGUUUGUGUGAUUAUCUCGGUAUUAUUUAGCAGCUCGAGGCAAACGGAGCGCUAAGAGUUCAGGUUCCCUUCUGUAGAAGUAGCACAGUGAGGAGACAUGAAGACCAAAAGAGAAAAAUAAAAAAGAGCAAAUCAUUGAUUGAGGUGGAGCUUCAAGGUUCCCGCUAAGAUUUAAAAAAAAAAAAAGGGUUGCCAAAAUGUAAAGUAAGGAAGGUUUAUGACAUAUUUACAGACAUGCUCACUGUUUCUCUUUGGCAGAGAGUUUUCAGCUUGGACCAAAAAGAGUCAUUAGUUGUUGAGGAGCCAGUAUUAUAUUAUCGAUGUUGAGAACAGCCAAUGUAAACGUAGCAGGCAUUUAUUGGAAAGAGUAUUUUUCUUAAGUUGUCAAUGAAGGUAUUACAGUGAAAACCAAACAUUAGACGCCAGGUUUUGACCUGUUCUGUUCUCUCCAAAUGUGCUGAUUGGUUAUCAGACAACACUAGAGUCUGUGUAGCGUCUGACGAGAUGACUCAGAACAGGCGUUUGUGAUAGACAGACACCGAAAGUAGCCGUUUGCUGUUUGAAACUGACGCUUUCACCUUUACAUUUAUGUUUUGCCACCUUGUUAGAGACACAUAUUGUGACUGAAACUUAUGCAUUUUUGCAUAUACCACCAGUAUUAGCAAACUGUAGACAAUCUAUGUGAGGGGAAUUCAGGAGUUCUGGGUUAAAAAAGAAAAAAAGAAGAAAAAAAAAUAUGUUUAAUGUGCAGAUUAGAUGCAUAAUGUCGGGUCACUGUCCAUGUCCGUUAGUGUUGCUUUAGAAGUGUUUGAUAGUCUUCUGUCCGUCUAUACAAAACAACCACAAGCAAUUAUUAGGAUUAGUUAUUUUACAGAAACCGAAGAAUGUCACUAUUCUUUUUUUAAUGCAGUAUAUUUUGGCCAUAAGGUGCAGUAUUAGGGAUGGGAAUUUAUACGUUGUUUUUUUAUUCCAAUGCCAAAAUUAAUGGAUUCAGUUAUCUAUUCUAGUCUGUGUGUCCUCAGUCCAUGUUGGGACCAGUUCAACCAGUCCAUGUUGGGACCAGUUCAACCAGUCCAUGUUGGGACCAGUUCAACCAGUCCAUGUUGGGACCAGUUCAACCAGUCCGCUAUGACUUCUUAUGACACAAUAGAGUUUUAUGUCAUUGUUUUGUCAGUAAAAACAUGCUGGCACUGAUAAAAGUAUUUGAUAAACUUAAAAGCAUAUGAUUCCAAUAGAUCGGACAGUUUGGAACCAGUUCUUGACUGGAACCAGUUCUAGACUGGAACCGGUUCUUGACUGGACCCAUUUCUUGACUGGAACCAGCUCUUGACUGGAACCAGUUCUAGACUGGAACCGGUUCUUGACUGGACCCAGUUCUUGACUGGAACCAGUUCUAGACUGGAACCAGUUCUUGACUGGAACUAGCUCUUGACUGGAACCAGUUCUCGACUGGGACCAGCUCUUGACUGGGACCACUUCUAGACUGGAACCAGCUCUUGACUGGAACCAGUUCUUGACUGGAACCAGUUCUAAACUGGAACCAGCUCUUGACUGGAACCAGUUCUUGACUGGAACCAGUUCUAGACUGGAACCAGUUCUCCAUUCCCAUCCCUGUGCAGUAAAGUGUGAAGAUGCAGUGCAGAAGAAAGAGGCAAUAGAAACAUGUUGAUGAGAGAGAAUGUGAAGUUGUGUUGGAUAGAUGAAGGUGACUGAGAGGAUUAUGAUGAUCACUGAUCACAGAUAGAGAAGUCUGAUAGAGGUAUUGAUCACUGAUAGUCUGAUAAAGAUGGUGCUGCAUGGUUGCUGGUUUGCAUUGCCUGGGUGGUGAACUGCCAGUGUGGUUGGUUGGUUGGUUGGUUGGAUGCAUGAAUGCAACUGAAACCUCAUUGCAAAUGGAGGCAUUUAGGACAGACGUGUAGUUUUGAGGUCUAUAAUCUUCAGCUCAUAGUCAGGAACUCAUUCACUGGUUCAUUGGAGCAGUUUCCUCCCACCAGUGGGAACAGUGGCUGCACACUGGCCUUAUGGGAAAUGCCAAAGUGGAAUAUCAUAUUAGAAUACAAUGUUAUUGUUUACAGUGGCUGAAUGUUACCCAUAUGGAUGAAAAUAGCGUUUGAGAUGUCUAUUUGUACAGAUUGUAUUUCAUAAUGCUUUAUUGAGACCCAGAUUACACAAAUAAGCAAGAGACAAAGCAGGAAUAAUAACCAAAACCCAUGUGAGGUCUUUAGCCACGCUGCUUCGGGUAUGGUCCACAAUGUUGGAAGACAGGGACCACAAUUCUCUCACUCUUUCUUUUUUUUUUUUUUUUUGGGAAAAACUGUUGACUUUUCUUUGAGGUUUUGUUAAUAUGUUGGAAAGCACACGAGCUUUAGGACAAAGAGAAAUAAAUGCUUUUCACUGAUCUGGGUUUCCCAGCGAGUGUAGAAAAAGACAUGCUGGAUAUGUUGAUAGUUUCUAAUUGGUUACGAGCUUGUCUAACCCUAAACCCUGACCCUAAACCCUGACCCUAAACCCUGACCCUUAUCCCUAAAUCCUGAACCCUAACCCCCUAACCCUAAACCCUGACCCUAAACCCUGACCUUAAACCCAAUCCCUAGACCCUAAACCAUAAACCCUAACCCUAGUCCCUAAACCCUAGACCCUAAUGCCUAAACCCUAGACCCUGACCCUAAACCCUUAUCCUAAACCCUAGACCCUAAACCCUAAACCCGAACCAUCUCCAAGCACUGACUCUCUCCAUGCUCCUCAUCUGAAUUCUACAAAUUCAUUCGUAAAAAAAAAAAAGCUGCACUGUACUUUCAUUCGUCUCUGCUUGUGGAUGUCAAGAUUUCAAAACACUGUUUUUUUGUUCAGGUUCCUCUUUCUGAUGUCAGUGUUUUAUGUUGGAGAGCUUUAACAGAUUUUAACAUGAUUAUAAUGGUCGUCAGUUCCCCCACAAACACUGCAAAAAAGGUGUGUUUAAAAACCAGAUAAAACAGUAAAUCUGAGGGAAAUGAUCUUGCUGCAUGGACAGAUAAUUUACCUUGACAAGAUUUCUUGAAUUAAGAUUGUUAAAUCUAAAAAAUAAGCAUGUUGAACACUUAAAAUAAGAAAUUAACUCUUAAAACAAGAUAAAUGAUCUAACACAGCAAGAUAAUUUCCCUCAGAUUUACUGUUUUUAUCUGGUUGUUAUCACCUUUUUUGCAGUGUAAUAUCCGUAUGGUCAGCUUCAUGAGAUUAAUGUGAUGAAAGAAAACAUUCUGUUACCUAAAAUGUUAGUAUUUUGAAGAUUAUUUUGUCAGGAACAUAUACUGUUGUUAAAUGUCACAGAUUACAAUCUACUGCAGGUCUUAUGUAUUAAUGAAACGACGUGUAUUCACACCAGUAGUUUGUGGCAUAUUCAUAUCUCAGAAUGGAUUCAGAAGGAAAACCGUUUUUUGUUUUGGAUGUUGUUUUUUUUGUAUAUUUUAUAGUGUCUCUGUAUUUUUGUUAUGAGAUCAUUUUUUAUUGUAUUUAGUUCACAAACAUUUGAAUAUUUUUCAAUAAUUUAUAUUUUAUAAAAGACAAGAGACGCAGACAGCUGGUGCUUUUAUGGGAAUAUAAAGGUAGCGCAGGACAAAAUAAUGUAGCGAUUUCUUUUGUUUUUUGUUUUUUUUUUAUUCUUUUUUUAUAUAUAGAAAAUAGACCUGUCUGCUAGAGAAAAAAGGCUGAUGCUGGCCCAUCAAUGAUUUCUGCUGGAAAGGUUUUAUAAACUGUAGCUUCUAUUUCUAAAAUGUACUUAAUGUACUUCAAAAUGUUAUAAAAUAUAUGUGAACAAAGA